AUGACAGCACCUGUGAGGAGAAGGACUAGAAUUGUCUGUAUUUCAGACACCCAUAACUGUCAGGUCAAACUCCCAAAGGGUGAUGUUCUCAUCCACGCAGGAGACUUGACCAACCAAGGGACUCACGCAGAGCUUACGAAGACGGUCGCUUGGUUGGAAAAGCAGGACUUUGAGGCCAAAAUCGUGAUCGCUGGAAACCAUGAUCUCACUCUAGAUCGAGAGUUUUACGCUGAGCAUGGUCUUUACUUCCACAAUAAUAACCCGCAGUCGCAUGACGAGUGUCUACGACUGUUCACAACUUCGCCGUCGAUAACAUAUCUCUCACAUGAAUCAACCACCAUCCGUCUGAGAUCUCCUUCCGGGCCUCACACGCAGUUCAAGAUCUUUGGGUCGCCUUACUCUCCACGUUUCGGACUCUGGGCUUUCUACUAUGACGCUCCUCAAAAUCCUAGCAACUGGUCAGACUUGACGUCGCUCUGGCAGUCUAUACCUCUUGACACAGAUAUCGUCGUGACGCAUACGCCGCCGAGAACGCAUUGCGAUGAGACGGAUGAGCGCCGAGCUACUGGCUGUGAAGCUUUGAGGCAAGCUCUUUGGCGGGUGAGACCGCAGCUUGCUGUCUGCGGACACAUCCAUGACGGAAGAGGUGCUGAGCGAGUGAUGUGGGAUUUGAGUUGUCGGAAUAUUGCCUAUCGAAAGGAGAAAGUUGUUCACUGGCAAGAUCCUGGCGAAGGCAAUAACAAAGCCUGUCUGGUAGACCUAACAGGGAAGAAGGCACCGUCACUUGCUAACGACGGCUCUCACCCUGGCAGAUAUGGAUUGAGUAUAGGGGAGCAUGACGCAACAUGUGAUGCUCAUGCCGUCAACUCAACAGGUAGUCCUCCAUACACGUUUGGGUCUGGGAAUGAGGAUACUCAUGCUUCUUCCAGCACCUUAGGAUUAGGGGGUGAUCCUGCGUCACCACGAAGCGACCAGAUAGCUCUUUCUGGAAGGAUGGGUCGUCGAGAGACGUGUGUGGUGAAUGCAGCGAUCAUGAAGAGUCGAUACCCACAUAUAGGAGGAAAGCAGUUCAAUAAGCCCAUUGUAGUCGACCUUGAUCUGCCUGUCUGGGAGGACAAUGGCCAGAUCGAGGUCCGCUGA